UAAAUACUUUCUCGUUAAAAGAAACAUUUAUUUACGCUUUAAGGAAAAAUACUAACUUUGACAAGUUACAGGAAUCUCAAGAGCAUCAAUCGGAUUUAAAUACAACUGAACGGGAAGUUUCUGUAAAAUGCUCAACUUUGGCUAAAGAAGAAGGAGCUUUACUUUGUAGUAACAAAUGCGGUUUUUACGGGAAUUUAGAGUGGGGAGGCUUGUGUUCUUAUUGCAUGGAGAAAUAUAAAACUGGUGGCGCCUUUACAGAAAAAGAGAUUUUAUCUAGAAUUAUUCGGGAAAAGUUUGAAUCUGAUGCAGGAGUUGAAAGCUCUUAUAGCGAAGCGAGUAAAACACCUAUUUCCUGGAGCUACCAAAGUUCACUUUUUGGAAGACUCAAGUAUAAAUUGCAGCAAAGCUCUUUUCCGCUCGAUAAAAGUAUUGAAUUACCUAUACUUCUUAAAAAUUUGGGUCUCAACGAUCUCCACAUGCAGCUUUUAAAGUAUAUUGAAAAUUUUAAAAACCAAAAAGAACUUACAAGUGAAGAAAAGAGUAUCACAGUCCGCACUUUUAUAAAAGAUUAUUCUCAACAAUUUUUGGCUUCUGUUAAUUGGAGGAAUUUUACUCGAGAGGACGUUCAUUGGGCACUUAAGAGUUUGGAACAUUAUUUAUUCCAAGAAAUUUACGAAUACGCUUUUCAGCAUUCAGAAGAAGAAAAACUUAAAAAUAUUUCUUUUCAGACGCAAAUAAAAAAACUGCAGUGGAUCUCAUUAGAACUUCUUACUGACUUCAAAAAUUUUCAUACAAAGCAAAACUCCCGCUGGUUUGAUAUAGCACGUGACCAGCUUCUCCAUGUGGUUGAUCCGCGCGUUUGUCCCGCGCCACGUGAUAAGCUCAAGAGAAUUGUGGAAUGCUGUCGAGCGCUGAUUCAUACUUUUGAUAAUACAGUUGGAGCUGAUGAGUUUUUACCGGUUUUGAUUUAUACGAUUUUGCUAUCAAACGUUCCUUCUCUGCGCGCAACUUUACAGUUUAUUUCUUGUUAUUGCGAUCCUUCACUUCUGCAUUCUGGCGAAGGCGGCUAUUAUUUUACAAAUAUUUGCUCCGCUGUUACUUAUAUUGAGCGUUUCACGUCUUCAUGUUUAUCUCUACCAGAAAUGGAGUUUCAACGUCGUGUCCAGUUGGAAAUGUGCGCUUCGCAAGCUCUUCAAUUAGUUGACUUUGAGCGUAGAAUAGCGGCCAUUGCUGAUCAAGAAGCAGACGAACUUUACAAGCGGCUUGUGGAUUUGAAAAAAAAGCAAAUUUUGCUGACCAAUCAUAUUCGUUAUAUGGAAAAAGAUAUGCAUGAAACGUUUGAAAAGUAUUAUCCGUACCGAUACAGCGAUUCACUUAUUGAAAAAGAAAAUUUUUAUUCUUUUGAAGAGCUAUUAACUUUGAUUCCUAAAAAAGUUGAUGGUUUUCAUUGA